AUGUCGUCACCCAACGAACAAACAACCUCUGAACAGGAACAGCCUGUCGAGUCAACCGGUGCAGCUGCUGCAGAAUUACCGGUGACCCAAGCCGCUCAAACGAGCGUAGAUCCACGAGCCGUGGAUGGUACAGCGGAUGAGUCCCAUGAGGCCGGUAAUGAGGACGCCAGCAAGGACCAGACCGAUGGCACGGACGCUGGUGCAGGAGACCCGGAGCGGCUGCUAGUCUCGUCCAACCCCGAAUACAAGCAGAUGAUCCAAUCGAGGUCCAACAUGAAGCGUCGACUGACGAGGGUGAGGCAAAAGAUAAAAAUUCACCUAGACCUGCUAGGAACUGAUUGUUUCAGUGCAGACGCUCUUGGCCGCCUAGAUGUUUCUGCCGCACGUUCCCUUUACGAUGAGGCGUCCGGUUUGAAGUCAAACAUCGAGGGUAUCCAAGACAAUAUUAGACGGAGCUUAGAAGACGCAAACGAGGAUAAGAAAUUAGAUGAACAAGACGCGUGGGAGAAUAAUUUCGAACUUGAAUGCGUGUGUUUGCUGAGGCUCGCACAAUGUUUACAACAAUGCGACCACCAUUCUCGCACUCAGUAUGAAGCUGAAGACGAACGCCGCACCCGACUCCGAUUACUAGAAGAGCAUGGGCCACGCGCGCUAGAUGUUCUUGAUGCGACCAUGUCUAGCCCUCGCAGCGGACCAAAACCAACAUGUCAUGCAUCGCCAACACUACAUGCGUGGAGUGAGAAGAGUGCCGACACGGAUAUCGACACUGCUGCUUCAAGUGCUUGUGACACUGUUGAGCCACCGCGACAGUCCCAAUGUGAGUCGGCUGAACAGUCACACGCACAAAGUGCAGUGCUUCAUGACAUUGUACAUGUAGUAGAUGCAACUGAGUCUCCUGCCAGCGCAGCAAAUGCACAGGAAACCAGCGCAGCAGUCAGUGUCAGAAGCCAACCAAGAUCACCAGUGCCACCAGUCCCCAAACCACGUGUCAGGCAUGCCAUUGGCCCUGGCACUGGUAGAACUGCUGCCACUCCAGCAGUGCAUGCGGUGCCCAGCCCAAGUCCCACCUAUGGCAGUGGUGAGGAGGACAGGGCCUAUGACUAUGAGCAUUACCUCCAGCAGGAGACCCAGGACAGACAAGCAGUACAACAGCUUCAGCCAGAUGCAGAAACAUUCUAUCCACCAGACCAUUCUGUCGCCGCCAGGACAGCCCCUCCACCAGCCACAACCUGGCCACGCGAUGCUAUUGCCCCACUGGAGCAAGCUCUUCAGGGCGCAGUUAUGAAUGUCGCCCAGGCUUUGAGCCAAAACCAAACGCCACAACACACCAGCAUAUCCGCUGCAGCCGGCCCAAGCUCCGUUGUGUUCAAGCUAAAACCGAUGGAAAUACCGAGCUUCGACGGGCAGGUCACCAACUGGCCCGAUUUUUGGGACCUGUUUGAAACUGCCGUGGACAAACAGCCAAUGUCCGAUGUCGUUAAGCUGAGCUACUUGAAGAGUGCCCUCACUGGCCGAGCUGCCCACACGCUCGCUGGUCUGGCUAUCACCAACAACAACUAUGCCACGGCCGUACAGCUACUGAAAGAACGAUACGGACGGACAGAUAAUAUUGUUGCUGCCCUGUAUACCAAGCUGCAGCGAUUGCAAAGCACAUCGUCCAAACACCGUGAUAUCCGGAACACCAUUGACAACAUCGAACGGAUACUACGACAGCUGUCUGCCAUGGGCAUUAGCGUUGAACAGCAGCCACUAUUGGUGCAGCACAUUUUGUCCAAGUUCCCUACGGAAGUACUCACCAAGCUAGAGGAAUGGCGAACAUCGAGCCAUCAGUCGUGGACGGUCGCCACCCUGCGAUCCGCCCUUCAGCGGUAUGCCGAAAUCCACCGGAAUUUGCGGGAAGGUUCCGAGACUUCUGCCUCUCAGUCUUCAAGGACACCGGCCACACAGACACAGCACGGCUCACCAAUGACCAUGCAAGGAACUGGACACGCUCUUUCAUCGCAGUCAACGCAUAGUGCGCCUCCACGUCUAUGUGUCUUCUGCAAGGGGACUCACUUCAACGACCAGUGCGUCACCUACAAGCUGGCUCGGACAAGACAACAGAAGCUCCGAGAACAAGGUCGUUGCUUCAUUUGUCUGCGACGGAGCCAUAUGGCGUCCCAGUGCCCAGAGAAAACCAAGGCGUGUUUUCACUGCAGCAAGACCGGCCACAACCGAGCUAUCUGCCCAGCCCAUGAGAGACGUGAGCCCUCCAAAGGCAGCUCAAGGCCACAACCAAAUGGCUCACAACCUGCCAGGGCCGUCUCCACACAGGGUAAUGAUGAGGAACUUGUAAAUACGUGCUCCGCCAGUCUCGUGUCAGAGGGUCCCAGCGACAAGACUGGUGCAGUAUUCCUCCAGACAGCACAAGUGCAGAUUCAAGCUGCCGAUGGUAGCUUUAUCACCGCGCAUGCGUUACUGGACACCGGCAGCAAUCGCACGUACAUGAGUACCCAGCUCAGCAAGCAGCUUCAGCUGCAGCCGGAGAGACAAGAGUCAUUGACCCUCAUCACCUUUGGAGUGACACACCCACGCAGUGUUGUUACAUCGGUCGUUCAGACGUCCAUCUCACUGUCCGACGGACAGAGGUACCCCAUCAAAGCGAAUGUACUCGACACCAUUACACGACCUAUCCGACGCUACCCUCUUCCAUCUGAAGAUGCGGAGUUCCUGGCAGGCGAACCAUCCAUUCAAAUGGCAGACACCAUACCAUCAAUAGCCGAGACGAGGGCCAUUGACAUUCUCAUUGGUUCUGAUCAUUACGGAAAUCUUGUGCAAGGAUCACCGCAGCGUCUACCGUCAGGUUUGUACGUGAUGGAUACGCUCUUGGGUCACAUCGUCACAGGACAGUGUUCGUCCAAGUCGGAUGACAGCAACAGCUCAACGCUUCUUGUCAUGACGCAGGCAAGCACCGGUCUACAGCGUCCGCUAUAUGACUACAUGGCAACCGCCGACUCUGCUCUGCUUGCUGAAGUCGAACCAAACUUGACGGAGUUUUGGUCGCUAGAAAGGAUCGGUGUGGAGGACCCAGCAAGUCUCCCAACAGAUGACGACACAGUUCGACAGUUCGAGGAGACCGUCACGUUUGCCGACGGCCGCUACACAGUCCAGUUUCCAUGGAAGCCCGACAUGCAGCUUCCACACAACAAGGACCUAGCCUACGGAAGGAUGAAGUCACUGGGGAAACGGCUUGCAGCAGAUCGAGACCUGCUGACCAGGUACAACGACGUGCUGCUGCAGCAGGAACGGCUUGGCAUUAUCGAGCAAGUCACAGAGAAAACCAAGUGCGGUCAACGCUCGCACCAUCUGCCGCACCAUCCAGUGUUGUCUCCUUCGAAGGCUACCACCAAACUCCGAGUGGUCUAUGACGCCAGUGCGAAGGUCAAUAAGACAGCACCGAGCCUGAAUGACUGCCUGAAUCAAGGGCCGUCCCUCCUGCCUAGCCUCUGCGGCAUUCUGCUACGAUUUCGCCUGGCCCCGAUCGUGCUAAUCUCAGAUAUUGAGAAGGCAUUCCUGCAAGUAAGGAUUCAAGAGACAGACCGUGACGUCACCCGAUUUCUGUGGUAUCGUGACAUCACUAAGCCGGACGUCAUCGUGGACAACAUUGAAGUCUACCGGUUCUGCCGACUACCAUUUGGCAUCAUCAGCAGUCCGUUCUUGCUGGAUGCCACAAUCAGGCAUCACCUUGACAAACACAAGACAGCCACAGCAGCCGAAAUUCGCAAGAACAUCUACGUGGAUAACAUCAUGCUGACGGCUGGUACUGCAGAGGAAGCCGAGGUCAAGUACCGCGAGACUCGGCAGGUGUUCAACUCCGCGUCCAUGAAUGUACGUGAGUGGUCGUCCAAUGACCCUGCUACCUCCUCUGUGUUUGACCCGAGUGUGACGGCGACGAACACGAGCCAGAAAGUUCUCGGCCUGCAGUGGGAUACCGUCGCCGACACAUUCCACAUUCCAGGUGUGAGCUCCGAGUCGCCUGACGUCGACAGCAUAGCAUCCAAACGGCGUGUUUUGCACAACGUAGCACGCAUUUAUGAUCCACUCGGACUCUUCAACCCAGUCACCUUCCAUGCCAAAGUGUUUUUGAGAACGCUUUGGAGGGACGACCUGUCUUGGGACGACGCUCUACCCACAGAACGACUCGAGCAAUGGCAGUCCAUAGAGGGUAUACUUGAGCCGGUCGCAGACAUCCGUAUCCAACGCCGAACCUCCACUCUGAAGUCAGUCACCGAUCGACAACUUCAUGUCUUCUGUGACGCAUCAAAGGACUCCUAUGCAGCGUGUGUCUACCUCCGUGAAGCCAACGGACCUGAUGCGACAUCGACACUGCUCUUCUGCAAGAUGCGAUUGGCGCCAGCAUUACACUAG